CCCGCACCCGCACCCGCACCGCCAUGGAGUUCCGGUACCGCGACGGCGACGACCGCAGCCGGUCCUCCCCUCCCCCGCCGCCGCCGCCCACGGCGAGCUCUGGAUCCGCCCGUGUGCUCCCGGCCAACGAAGACGGCGGGGGCACGGGAGACUACAACGGGGGUGAUUCGGCCGUGUCGCUGGGGCAGUCGUCUUCACCGUCGGCGGCUGGUCGCGACGAGCUGCGGCAGGCGAAGAAGCAGAAGAUAAUGGAGCGGAUCCUGCGGGAGGAGGCGGAGGAAUGGGAGCUCGAGUCGGAGGUCCGCCGGGAGAUCAUGGAGCACAUCUUCCCGUUGCUGAGGAGAUCUGGGAAUGCACGGCCGCCGACGCCGGCGGCGGCGGCGGCGCUCCUGCAGGUUCGAUCAUCAUGUCUUUUUUCGUCUACCUCGAUUUUGGUUGACGAGCGUGUUCAUUUCACGCAGGGCGCCGUCACGAAUGCAAACGCAUCAUCAUCGGCGGCCGCCUUGCCGGCCAAGAGGAAGAAGAACCCCGCCGCAGCAGCGUCCGCCGUCUCCGCCGCGACGAGUAGCAAGAAGCCCAAGGCCGCCGACCUGACCUGCGCCGUCUGCGGCAUCACGUCGACCGGCGAGAAGGCUAUGCAGGACCAUCUCAACGGGAAGAGCCACAAGAAGAAGGCGGCCGCGCUCGCGCUGUCUGCACCGCCGCCGCCGCCGCCGGCGGAACCCGAGCCCGAGCCCGAGCAGGACGAGGAGGAUGCGGCGUCGAUGAUCCCGCCGGCUUCGGACGGCGGCGGCGGCGGUGGCGGCGGCUUCAGUCCGACGAAGCUGAGCAUGCUGACGAGCGCCGGAGUCGUGUACGAGGUGAUGCAGAUGGACGGCUACCUCCUCUGCGAGGGCUGCAAUGUCAGGACGGCCGACCGCGUCACCAUGAUGUGCCACCUCGACGGCGGCAAGCACGUCUCCAAGGCCACGAAGCUGAAGCAGCAGCAAGCCGGGAAGCCGCCGGCGCCAGCGACGGCGACUGCCUCUCCUAUGAAUGGCGUGAAAGCAGCGGGGGCGCCGCCAACAACAGCUGCUGCCGCCGACGGCGAGCAUGGAACGGUGGUGGUGGAGGUCGACGGCGAGCCACACGCCAUGCGGAGGCUGGACGAGGUCUUCAUUAUCUGCGAUGUCUGCAACGUGAAGGCGCCGUCGGUGACUGUCAUGCGGUCGCACCUCGCCGGGAGGAAGCACAAGUCCAUGGCCGCGGCGACGGCGAAGGCGAAGGGUGCCGAAGCUGCCGCCUCCACCACCAUGGCCGCUGCUGGCAAAGUUGGCGGGAACCUUGAGGCGGGAGCCAUGGCAGUAGCAGAAGGUGUCGCCACCAACAACGUCGCCGACAACACUUGUCCGGAGAAGGGAACCGUCGACAUCGUCGUCGGCGGCGAGCACCACGCCGUCAAGCAGAUCGGCGAGUUCCUCGGGUGCGCGUCCUGCAACGUGAUGGCGACGUCGGAGAGCGGCAUGAGGCUACACCUAGCCGGAAAGAAGCACAGGAACAAAUCGAUGGCUGAAAAGGCGGCCAUGGACGACAUGGAGAUUGUGAAGGCCAGGUCGAAGGAAACGGCGGCCGCCGCCGCCGCCUCCUCGCCAUCGUCUGCGCCGCGAGCUGUCGUCGCUGCACAAACGGGCGAUGGCUCUGUGGCGCCCAUGGAAGUCGACCAAACUGCAGAGGCCAGAGAUGGCGGCGCGCCGGUGGCCGCCGACGCCGCGGCGGCGGCGGCUGCCACCGGCGGGCAGCAGCAGGUGAAGGUCCAGGUGGAGGGGAGGAUGUUGGCGGUGCUGCGUGAGGCGAACGGCGCGCUGCUGUGCGAGCCCUGCGGCGUGCGCUGCUCCGGCAAGACCGACAUGGUGCUGCACCUCUACACCAAGGAGCACUCGGACAAGUGCGGCGCGCAUCCACCGGCUUGA